AUGUCUACAAACAAAACCCAUGCACGAGGAAGAGUAGGAGACGGAAAAGCGGGCAGCUCCAAGGGGACGGGAGGUGGGUCGGCUGAGCCCCAAGGAGAGACCCGAUGCGAGGAAGCCAGCACGCUGGUUAAGAGGACGCGUGGCACGAGGCCAGGGCCGCUGUCCUCUAAACUGGUCAGAGACCUUCCGCUUCCGGAUUCGGAUGACUCCGAUACGGAACGGAUAGUCGAUGUGGAGGAUGUCGACUCCACAGACGGUGACGAGACGUCGUCAACCUCUUCCGUGGACCAGGCGACUGGAAAGCGGAAGAAGAGAGGGAGGCCCCCGACGACCUAUGCGGGGACAAAAAAGAAAAAAAGGGAGGAAUGCAGGAGGGAACUCCAGCGGUUGAGAGCGGAGAAGAAGGCGCUGGAGGCGGUGUUAAACCCGAAGGUGACACCGAGAUGUACAACACCUGAGGAGGACAUCAUCCGUCAUCUGGAAGGCCUUAAUCGGGAACAAAUGGCGGCAGAAAUGCUGGAAAGCAUUAAUCUGGUAGCGAAGGUUGCCCAGACAUCUAAGAAUUUAAAAGGCACCUACGUAAAAGAGUUAAAGACGUGUACCAGGAAACUGCGAGCGGCAGCCACAGUGGUGGGCACAAAGGUAGGUCCCAACAGCACGGCGCUGGAGGAGACUAAGAGGUGGAAGGAGAGGGUAAGGAACCUUGAGGACCAGGUGGAGAGGCUGACGACCCUCCUCCAAGAAGAGAGAGCCGCAAGGUUAGCGGCGGAAGGAAAGGUGCAGAGGGAAAAGGCCUCAGGGGAGGAGAUGCCUGAAGCUGUGCAGGAUGUGAUCGAAGUGCAGCACGGGGCAGACCACACACCCCGGGUCAGCACCCGAGCGCAAACCAAGGGGAAGCCUGAGAGAAUGGCGAAGCAAAUGAGGCCCAAGGCCCAGGGCCCGAAGCAAGAAGCAGCGAAGAGGGGAAAACCGGAGGCAACAGGCAGGACUGAAGACACUGUCUACCGGCCAAUGAUCAGGGGAGAGAGAAAGGUGCUCAGAGACCCGCCCGCGGAAGAUGCUAUGGAGGGCAUCAGGAGGGUGAUGGAGGGAGUCUCCAUAAAGGACGUGGUCAGUGGAGAGCCGGAUAAAGUGAAGCGCAACCUGGAGGAUUUAAUAACCAGGUGCCAGGGAGCGCUGAUCCGAAUCCCGAAAGGGAAAGGGGACAAGGAGAAGAAACUCCCGGUCAUCACCAAGGUGGAGGAGGUGAGGACCAAGGUGAGUUUGAGGGCGAGAGAGACGGCGGCGCGAAUCGUCCAGAAGACCAAGGAGGUAAAGGCGCCGAAGGAGCAGAAGACCCGGGAGGAAGAAAAGAAGACCCCGGCUCUAGCCAAGCCGAACACCUCCUGGACUGAGGUGGUCAGAAGGGGCAAGAAGAAGACGGCGGGCUCCAAGCAGGAGACGGCGGUGAGAAACGGAAAGCCAGAACCUGCGGCGGCCGCCAAUAAGACUGCGGGAAAGACGGCGAAGGGGGAAAAACCACCAAAGAGGAGGUCACCCAAAUCAGCGGCGGUUGCAAUUACCUUCCCGGAAGGACAGGCCGGGGAGGGAAUGAGGUUCCUGAGGUCUAGGAUUAAGUUGGAGGACCUAGGAAUCGAAAAGGUUAAGAGCAGGAGAGCCCUAAACGGGGCAACCCUGCUCGAAAUCCAGGGAGGAGGGGACGCGAAGGCCAAAGCCGACAAACUUGCCACCCAGAUCAUCAGAGAGGUGGGAGAGGAUAAGGGGGUAAGGGUCACCCGUCCCGAAAAAAGGGCGGAGAUCCGCCUAAAGGAUCUAGAUGAUUCCAUAACGGAAGAGGAGAUCCGGGCUGCAGUGGCGAAGGCUGGAGGCAGGCUCCCGGACGACGUCAAGGUGGGCCCUAUCCGGCAGACCCCCAGCGGCCUAGGAACAUGCUGGGUUCAGUGUGGACUGGAAACGGCCAAGAAGACUGCGGAGGAAAGGAGAAUAAGGCUGGGCUGGGUGUCGUGCAGGGUGGAGCUGCUCGAACCUCGCCCACUAGUGUGUUUUAAGUGCCUGGAGAGGGGGCACAUUAGAGCACAGUGUAGAAGCAGCACCGACAGGAGCACACUGUGCUAUAGGUGCGGCAAAGAAGGGCACAAGGCGCAGGGGUGUAACGAGACCUCCAACUGCGCCGUGUGCAAGAGUAGAGGAAUGCCCUCCAACCAUAAGGCUGGAGGUGCAGCAUGCCGACUCCCGACCAAAGGGGAGAGAAAGAGAGCGGCAAGGACGAGACGAGAAGAAGGCCGAAACAAGGAGCAGAAAACAGGCCUGUCGACAGCACAAGAGGAGCCGAUGGACACAGAGCCAGCGGCACAAGGGAAGGAGAGAAACAGCCAGGAGGAGGCUGGGAAGGCAUCGCCUUCACGGCAGUCCCUGUUGGGUGGGGAGCACGGACGGCUCGGCGGCGAUCGUCUGGAGGAGAACGGGGGAGCGCGCUCCCCCUUCUCAAAAUUGAAAGCCGGAGGUGGCUGGGUGGCGGCCAAAUGGGGGCCCCUAACCGUAAUAGGGGUCUACCUGAGGCCCAGCCUCACUCGUGCGGAAGCGGACGCGAAGCUUGAGGAGAUAGAGGAUGUGGUCCGGGAGUACCUCCCCGGACCAAUACUGGUCGUCGGGGACUUCAAUGCCAAAUCGGCACUUUGGGGUUCCCGGCGGCCAGACGCUAAGGGGGCGGACGUGGAGGCCUGGGCAGCGCGCCUGGGCCUCCACUUAGAAAACGUAGGAGAUGUCAGCACCUGCGUAAGGCCGCAGGGGGAGUCAAUCGUCGAUCUGACGUGGACCCCCUGCGGCCGCGAGGAGGGUAAGUGGAUGGGGAGUGGCGGAUGA